GUUUUUUCCUCGCAAGCAAAGGGGAAGCCAUUUGCAAAGUUAGAAGCCGUUGCAUUAAAGCCCUCCCCAACGGGGGCAAUUCAACUCAGGCUUAAGCCCUUGCAAACGGGGUUGCAACCGCAGCAGGGAAGCUUUGCGGUUUGCAGUGUAAGAACCAGAAUCUGAAACCACCGAGCACACACGGAUCAUUACCACCAACUGCUCUAACUUCCUGAUUCCAGGUUCUAGUGCUUAGGACCUCAAAAAGAGUAGUCGUUAAGGGCUGUUUGAAAGUCACCCCAGCUUUUGAUUCCUUAAUAAUUUCCAUUCAUGGCUUCUCCUGCUUCUUCAUCGUCCAGUCGCAUUGACGUGUUCUGGCAUGAAGGGAUGCUAAAGCAUGAUACUGGAGUCGGCGUCUUCGACACCGCGAUGGACCCAGGUUUCCUCGAUGUCUUGGAAAAGCACCCGGAGAACCCAGAUAGAGUGAAAAACAUGGUCUCUAUCCUCAAAAGGGGUCCUAUCUCUCCCUAUAUAUCUUGGCAUACCGGAAGACCUGCAGAUAUCUCUGAUUUGCUCUCGUUCCAUACACCAGAGUACAUAAAAGAGCUUGUUCAAGCGGAUGAAGCUGGGGGGAAGAUGAUCUGUGAAGGGACUAUCUUGAACCCUGGCUCUUGGGAUGCUUCCCUUCUUGCUGCUGGUACUACACUAAUGGCUAUGAAGCACAUACUGGAUGGCCACGGGAAGAUUGCUUAUGCAUUAGUUCGGCCUCCUGGUCACCAUGCUCAGCCUGCUCAAGCCGAUGGAUACUGCUUCCUUAACAAUGCUGGCAUUGCAGUUCAAUUGGCUUUAGAUUCUGGUUGUGGAAAAGUUGCCGCCAUUGACAUUGAUGUCCAUUAUGGCAAUGGAACUGCAGAGGGGUUCUAUCGCUCAGAUAAUGUUCUUACAAUCUCUCUUCAUAUGAAUCAUGGUUCCUGGGGUCCAUCCCAUCCACAGCAAGGAACUGUUUAUGAGCUCGGUGAAGAUAAAGGAUUUGGGUUUAAUUUGAAUAUACCUCUGCCAAAUGGGACUGGUGAUAGGGGCUACGAGUAUGCCAUGAAUAAAUUGGUUGUCCCUGCUAUUCAGAAGUUUAAGCCUGCUAUUAUGGUUAUGGUUAUCGGCCAAGAUUCUAGUGCUUUUGAUCCCAAUGGAAGGCAGUGCUUGACAAUGACAGGCUAUCGAGAAAUGGGAAGGAAAGUGCGAAAACUAGCUGAUGAGCAUUGUGAUGGGCGCCUCCUGAUUGUGCAGGAAGGUGGAUACCAUGUUACAUACUCCGCAUACUGUCUUCAUGCAACCCUUGAAGGUGUUCUUAACAUCCCAUCUCCUUUAUUGUUGGAUCCCAUUGCUUAUUAUCCAGAAGAUGAAGCCCUGGCUGUCAAAGUUGUUGACUCCAUCAAGCGAUACUGGAAGGACUCUGUACCACUCUUUGGAGAAGAGUCAUGAAGAUGUAGGAGGUACUUCACUCUCAAAUUGGUAGUUUUCUUAAUAUGAUUGUUUAUAACUGUUCUUCAAAUUGUAAAGGGUAUGGGCAAGGGCUUAAAUAUUAUAUUUUAUGUUGGUUAUAUUGUAGUUCAACGUUGAAUAUAGACACAAAAGGAGAUGCACGUGUAUGUAGAUCAGGACGUGUGAUGGGAUUUGUCAAGGAGAUCUUAUUCAUUA